AUGCACACAUCUGUUCUUCCUUCGUCACAGACGUCUGAGCAGGUAGACAUUAAAAAUGGUGUGGAGAUGAGUCUCUUUCAGGCUAUUAACUCUGCCUUGGACCUUGCGCUAGCUAAGAACGACAAGACAGUGCUUCUUGGGGAAGACGUCGAAUUUGGGGGUGUCUUUAGGUGCUCUCUCAACUUGGUAAAAAAGCACGGACCCAAGCGCGUGUUCAACACACCACUAAGUGAACAGGGAAUCGUGGGCUUCGCCAUUGGAAUGGCGGCUGUCGGAUGGAAACCAAUUGCAGAGGUGCAGUUUGCGGAUUACAUCUUUCCAGCCUUUGACCAAAUCGUCAAUGAAGCAGCGAAGAUGCGAUUUCGUUCUGGUGGAUAUUUUAACUGCGGUGGCCUCGUCAUACGUGCACCGUGUUCGGCAGUUGGACAUGGAGGUAUUUACCAUUCCCAGAGCGUAGAGGGUUUUUUUAACCACUGCCCCGGUAUCAAAAUUGCAAUGCCGUCAACACCGUCUGAGGCAAAGGGACUUUUGCUGCAAUGCAUAGAGGAAGAGGACCCCUGCCUCUUCUUUGAGCCUAAAAAGCUUUACCGAUCCGCAGUGGAGGUAGUGGAUCCUGAGUACUACACAAUUCCACUUGGAAAGGGCCGACUCCUACAGGAGGGGACUGACGUGACGAUCGUAACGUACGGCACGCAGGUCAGUGUGGCCUCCAAGGCAGCUGAACGCGCGGGUGACAAUGGUAUCUCCGUUGAGCUCAUUGACCUGCGCUCGUUGAAGCCGUGGGACCGUGAGAUGGUUGCAGCAUCUGUUCGCAAAACCGGACGAGUUAUAGUGACUCACGAGGCUCCCCAAACCAGCGGGUUAGGCGCGGAGUUAGUUGCGAGCAUUGCAGCAGACUGCUUCCUCUCACUGGAGGCGCCUCCAAUGCGUGUCUGUGGCCUUGACACGCCCCACCCGUUUCAUGAGCUGCCGUACUUGCCAAGCGAGGCGAAACUCUACGAAGCCAUAAAACACGUCGCCUCAUAUUAA